AUGUCAUCGACCGUGUUCAACGUGGAGCGCCGGCCCGGCGAGAAGUUUGGCAUGGCCGUGCAGCGUUUCCUCGUCACCAGCGUGACACCCGGCGGCCCAGCGGAUCGAGCUGGUGUGAAGAAAGGCAUGAGGUUGUCGCAAAUCAACGAAACAAACAUCCAGCAGCUGACGCACAUGCAGAUUACAGGGCUGAUCAAGGCCAGUGGAAACACGAUGAAGCUGAUUGUGGGCACGCCGGAGGUGGCGCCUGCCAAGGUUGCUGCCACUGCACCAGCACCGGCUGCUCCAGCCGCCAAUACAACGCCUGCGCCACCUGCAGCAAAGGCUGCACCAGCAACAGCAACGACAUCAGCACCACCUGCGCCAGCACAGCCGGCACAGCCUGCGGCCGCUGCUGAGGAGAAGAAAGAGGAGACACCGCAGCCACCGGCACCAGCACGGGCCGCGCCAGAACCCAAGAAGGCAGCACCAGCACCAACGACCACCACGUCCACCACUAAUGGCAGCAGCGGUGCAAACGGCAGCAGCAGCAGCGCUAAGACUGCGGCGCCGGCACCAUCGAGUGGGCCGUCCAAUCCGCAGAAGCAGCGCGUGCCGCCAUCAACAACAGCAGAACCCAAACCGCUCUCCACCACACAGAAGAUGCUCGUCAAGGAUGACAAGGGCAACACGCUGAGUGUUGAUGCGCCCCUGUGCACCGCAUGCAGCAAACCCAUCCUCACCCGCUACCUCGAGUUUGACGGCGGCAAAUACCACCGCGGGUGCUUCGUCUGCAAGGGCUGCGGCGCCAAUCUCGCCAACGCGGGCUUUGCUCCAUCGGACUCGGGCCUCGUCUGCCAAAAGUGCUGGGCCAAGGAGAACGGCAUGGUGUGUGCCGGCUGCGGUGAAAUGAUUGUACCAGAGAUGGACAAACCCGUCCAAUACGUCACCGUGAACGGCAAGGAAUACCACAAGGAUUGCAUCAAGUGCAAGGAGUGCGGGCUUGUGUUUAAGAACGGCGUGCCAGGCCCGUAUCUUGUUGGCGACGAUGUGCUGUGCAAAGAGCACGCGACUGCACGCCGGCGUGGUGGAAAGACGACGACGACGACUGGCGGCGGCGGCGGCAUCUCGCAGGACUCGCAGGACAAUGAGAAGCUCAAUGCCAUCUUCAAGGCGUCACGCACGGGCUGGAAGUGA